AUGAUUCUGAACAAGGCGAAAGAAGAGCUGCGCCGGUCGCCGCCGCCCCAGCACGACCAUGAGCUCUCGUACGCCCAGCGUAGGAUGAGCACGAAGGAGAGCCUCCCGCUCAUCUCGCCGGCGCCGACGGCCCGCGCCAUGGGCUCGGAGCUCGCGACCAACGUCUCGUGCUGGCUCACCGAGUCGUACAUCAACACGCUCCUGCUCUUCGUGCCCUUUGGCGUCUGGUCGUACUACGCCAACUGGAACGCAGCGUGGGUCUUCACCUUCAACUUCCUCGCCAUGAUCCCGCUCGCGCGCACGAUCGGCGAUGCCACCGAGGCCGUCGCCUACCACGCCGGCGACACGAUCGGCGGUCUCGUGAACGCGACCUUUGGCAACGCCGUCGAGGUCAUCAUCGCCAUCUUUGCGCUGCGCGAAGGCCAAAUCGCCGUCGUGCAGUCGUCGCUGCUGGGCUCGAUCUUGUCCAACCUCUUGCUCGUGCUGGGCUGCUGCUUCAUCGCCGGUGGCACCGCUGUGAAAGAGAGCAAGUUCAACGAUACGUCGGCGUCGGCCAACUCGUCGCUGCUCAUGGUCUCCUGCUUUGCAAUGCUCGUGCCGUCGUACUACCAGUUUACGAGCUACACGGACACGACGUACUCGACCGAGCAGACCGUGCUGCACCUCUCGCACAUCUCGGCCGUCUUCCUGCUCCUCAUGUACCUGCAGCUGCUCUACUUCCAGCUCAGCACGCACGCCCAUUUGUUCAACGCCGCCGAGGCCAUGGACGCCGACGAAGACGAAGAAGAGCCCAUGUCGAUGCGCUCGGGCCUCCUCGUGCUGGCCGUCGCGACGGUCGGUGUCUCGAUCCUCUCGCAGUUCCUCGUCGACUCGAUCGACGGCUUCGUGUCCUCGACGCAGAUCAGCAAGUCCUUCGUUGGCAUCAUCAUCCUCCCGAUCGUCGGGAACGCCGUCGAGCACAUCACGGCCGUCCGCGUCGCGCUCAAAGACCGCAUGGAGCUGGCCAUGGGCGUGGCUGUCGGGUCGGCGACGCAGAUCUCGCUCUUCGUCGUGCCCGUCACGGUCCUCGCCGGCUGGAUUCUCAACCAGCCCAUGACGCUCGCCUUCCCGACGUUCGAAGCCGUCACGUACGUCACGUCGAUCGUCAUUGUGUACGCGAUCGUCGCCGACGGCCGCUCCAACUGGCUCGAAGGGUCGAUGCUCCUCACCAUGUAUGCGCUCAUUGCCGUCGCGCUCUUGUGGAUCCACGUCUAGAUGGCUCAACCACGUUUAGACGUAUUCUUAAUAAUACCGUAGGAAAGAUAGUUCCAGUAGUCGA